AUGGUAAACGCCUUCCGUAUUGUCGGUAUUGAUGAUGCUAUCCGCGAUACAAUCUUUAAGAUUUGUGCGGCCAUUCUGCACCUACAGAAUAUAAAGUUCAAACCAACAGGGGAGGCUGGAUGUACUGUGGAAGUUGACACACCUCUAAAGUAUGCCUGUUCUCUUCUUUCAGUAGAUCCAAACUCCAUGCUUAAGGCGCUAACUGUGAAAGUAUACACGGUCAUGAACAAGGUUUUCGAGUCUCCUUUGAGCCCAGAGCAAGCAGCUGAUUCUAGAGACGCCCUCUCAAAGGCUCUCUAUUCCAACAUGUUUGAUUGGUUGGUCAAGAAAAUUAAUGACAAUUCUCUUGCUUCUGAAUAUAGCUCGUUCAUUGGAUUACUUGACAUUUUCGGUUUUGAGAAAUUUGAAUUCAAUACUUUUGAACAAUUCUGCAUUAACUUUGCUAAUGAGGCACUUCAAGCUCACUACAAUUCGUAUACAUUCAAAAAAGAUAAAAAAGAAUGCGAGAACGAAGGAAUUGAUGUAACAGAAGUGAGCUUCAAAGAUAAUCAACCUUGUCUCGACAUGAUUCAGGGAUCCAAGUCGGGAAUUCUCAAAAUCUUGGACGAUCAAAGCGUGUUCCCACAAGCAACUGACCAAAAGUUUUUCGACAUGGUUGCUCAGACAUACAAAUCACAUGAGUAUUUUGUUCGUCCUCCUCUAUGGAAAGAAGAUUUUGCAGUGAAGCAUUAUGCAGCUGAGGUUAAAUACAACACAAAAGAUUGGCUUGAGAAAAAUAAGGAUGUAUUGAGAGAUGACAUUAUUGACGUUCUCGCCCAAAGUAAGCUCGAAUUUGUCGCAAAAACUAUCUGUCCAGAGAAGAAAGACUUUACUAAAAAGGACAAAAAACCAACUACAGUUACAGGGUCAUUCAAGAAACAAUUGAUUGAGCUACUGGACUUAAUCAAUAGUACAUCACCACACUGGAUAAGAACUAUCAAGCCUCACCCAGCGAAGAAACCUGGUUUAUUUAGCAAUGCUGAGGUUGUGAAACAACUUAGCUCAUCUGGAGUGUUGGAAACUAUCAGAAUUAGAAGAGAGGGUUACAGUGUUAGAAUUCCUCAUGAAGCUUUCUUUAAGAAAUUUAGUAUCAUUAUUGGAGAAGGAUCAACAACAAAUAUUCGAGAGUCUAUCCAGAAGAUAAUUGAUACUUUAAAUUUGAAGAAGGAGCAUGUUCAAAUUGGUAAAACGAAGGUGUUCUUGAAAUCAGAAACAUACAAUAUGAUAGAACUGACAAGAAAUAAGAGGCUAGAGAAAUAUAUUAUCAAAAUCCAAAGAGUGGUUAGAGGGUUCUUAGGACGUUGUGUUGCUCGUAAAUUGAGAGAAGAGUUACGUAUUAAAAAAGAAAAAGAAGAAUAUGAAAGAAACAAGGAAAUUUUCGAAAGAAUGCUUCAAGACAAGCAAGAACGUGAGAGAAUUGAACAAGAAAAAAGAGAAAGAGAAGAACGAGAAAGAAGAGAGCGCGAAGAGCGUGAGAGAGAAGAAAGAGAACGAAUUGAGAGAGCUCUUGCUGAGAAGGAAAGAUUGGAAAGAGAAAAAAGAGAAGCUAAGGAGAUGGAAAAGAGAAAGCUAGAAAUUCUCAAAGCUAAACAAAAAGAGAGAAUGUUAGAACUCCAAAAAAUUGAAAUCGACAGAGCAGAAAAGGAGAGAUUGGAAAAAGAAAACAAGAUAAAGAAAGAGCUCGCAUGGAAGAAGAACGAAAGAUUCUUCUUAAAGAAGAGUUAG